AUGAGUGCAGUUCAAGGAAUAUUUAGUUCUUUAUUUACACAUGUAGGCUACAUAUAUGAAAACUCAGUAGAAAAUGCAAAAACAGUAAAGAAAACAAACUUUUACAGUGCAAAAUUACUGGCUGAAGCUCUAUUGCCCUACUUUUGCUCUUUUGCUUCCAAAAUCCGGAUUCUAAAAACCACCUCAACACUGGGAACUGUAGAUAAAGUAAGGAACAUUAAAGUGAAAGAGAUUCUGGAUGUGGGGGAGGAGGACAUCGAGGGCGUAGUGAAUGCAUUUCUGGAAGACGUGAAGAGAGGGACAUGGAAGAAGGCAGGCUGGUCGGUGCUACGGAUGGAUUAUACCGUGUCGAAACUGGCACUGAACACUUACACAAGAGUUUUGGCAAAGCGAUACAGUGAGUAUGGGAGUGUAAGUGUGAAUAACUUUUGUCCAAUGACAUGUGGGAAAGGAACACACACCACCGACGCCGCCGCACUUGUCGAAGCUAGACUCGCCUUGUUGCCGCCUCACCCUUUACCAACUGCCCAAUUCUUCUUCUAGGGCCUAAUUAUGAUGUGUACCCAGAAACUCCAAAUUAUAGCUAAACCUCUCCAUACACUUCCAACUCCUCUUUCAUCCUUUUCUAGUUGGCUA